AUGGAAGUCAAACCAAUCAGUCUCCACAGACCGAAUGACGAGGAUUUGAAUAGCAAUAGCAAUGGCACCACCGUCAGUAGCAGCAGCACUGAAAGUGUAAGUGAACACGUUGAAGAGCAGCAGCAAGGCGAACAGGAAGCGGAAGGGGUAGCGGAAGGGGAAGCGGAAGGGCAACAGGAAGAGCAACAGGAAGAGGAAGAGCAAGAGCAAGAGCAAGAGCAACAGGAAGGUGAAGAAAAAAGUGCUCCAGGUGAUGAAAAAGAGUCUAAGGAUGCAAUUCAAGAACAAGAGGAAGGGGCUGCCCCAGACCAAGACGAUGAAGAUGAAGCUGGGGUUGAAGUUGAAUUGCACAACGACGUGGACUAUGACCCAGCAACUGCAUUGUCCAGUGACGACUCCAAGUUCGUCCCAUCUGAAGCACCCAACAAUGGUGAAUCGAACGACGAGGAAGAUGAAGAUGAAGAUGAUUAUGAUCCGGAAUUAGCAUUGGAACAGCUGCCGCUUCCAACUCACCAAGACACAAAUAAAGAGCCGCCCAAAUCACAAACACUUCCACCUCCACCUCCACCCCCAUCUAACCUCAAGGGUAAACCCGCACCAGUCGGAUUGCCCCCAAAGCCUCCAGUAAUGGCCGGAUCUCACAAAAAGGUCGUUUCUCCAACACCAGCAACAACGCAAAUCCCUGACCCCCAACACAAGCUAAAAGAAGCCUAUGAUGCCGUUAUGCAUAGCGAGAUUGCAAAAGACCCCAACUUUGUCAAUUUGCCCCAAGAUGAGCAAAUGAAGUUGAUUAUAGACCAGCUCAACAAACAAGGCGUGUCCUUGACUUCGUCCAACAAAGCCAUGAAUUAUGACCAAGUGUAUUCUUACAAUAAGCCAUUCAAGAACUUGAAGGACCCCAUUCCAUUGGUCCCUGUUAAUGAAUACUGUCGUCGACCCAACAUCACUGCACCCAUGUCCCGCGAGGAAGAGCACGCAUAUGAAGAGUUUAUCAAGCAAGAAUCAUACUAUAUGAACUUGCAGAACUGGGACGAGUUCCCCGACAAGCUGAGAUUGUUUAUUGGGAACUUACCAGCAAACACCAUUUCCAAACAAGAUCUUUUCCGGAUCUUUAGCCAAUACGGAGAUGUGAUUCAAAUCGCCAUCAAGGCCGGGUAUGGCUUUGUUCAGUUUCGAACUGCCGAGGCAUGUUUGGAGUGCAUUAAGGGAGAGACCAAUGUUCCUUUACACAAUAAGAUUUUAAGGUUGGAUGCCAGCAAACCACAAAAGUCAAGACGUCCUGGCAGACCCGAGAUAAAUAAUCCUAAUUUGAGUUCCAGGGGCCGUGAACGGGUCCGAGAGGAUGAAUUGUCUCCCCAGAAUAAACGAAGAAAGAUGAAUGUCGAUUGUAUGGUGUACAUUACUGGUAAAUCGUCUGUGUUUUUUGUCAGACAGGUCAAGAAGGCAUUUUCAAAUUGUCAAGUGAUGAUUGACACCGAAGAUAUCACCCAUCGUAAUCUCAGUGACGUCAUUAGUGAAGCUGCAUAUUCUGGUGUGCUUGGUGCCUGUGUUGUGAAGGAAUUCAAAGUUGACGUGCAAACAUUUGAAAGCACCCCGGAUGGAGGAAUCAAGUUUGAUGAAUAUGCUGACGUUGAUCCUGAAGUGGGCGCUGAUUUGAUCGCCAAGGCCAAGAAUAAACGGUAUGGAGGUAACCCACCAACCUAUUACCCUCAAGAUGUUAGUUAUAAUGCACCCCCUGAGCCGGCACCGUAUCAACAGCCACAACCUUAUGGAGUUGACCCAUAUUAUAAUGAACCCAUGCACAGUAACCAUUAUGACAGAGAUCGUAAGCGAGGAAAACGUGGUGGAAGAGAUCGGAAGCAUCGUGACAGAGGUAGAAGCGGGUAUUCCAAUCAAGGUUGGGAUCAACAGCCUCAGUCACAACCCUAUGGCUCGAGUUCUUCUCCAUAUAACCAAUAUAACCAGCCUGUUCCUUCUCAACCUCAGUUCCAACCACCUACCCUGCAACCAUAUAGGUUUGCACAGCAAGCCUCCGCCCCCGCACCUGCUCCCACCCAACUGGAUCAAGCUGGGUUGAUGCUGGCAUUGCAAGGAUUGAAUCCUUCCCAAGUCCAGGGAAUGAUUAGCUUGUUACAACAACAACAACAACAACAACAGCAGCAGCAACAACAAACACCUCCUCAGCAACACUAUAACCAGGGUGGAUACGGUGGACAUGGUGGACAAUACAGUAAUAACUACGGGGGAGGCAAUCAAGUAAAUGCAUUACUUUCUCAAUUGCAAAACAGACAGGGAUCAUCCUAUUCUUCUCAACAGCCACAACAAUCGCAGCAGCAGCAGCAGCAACAAGGAGGAUCGAGCACGCAAUCACUUAUGGAAACAUUGGCUCGAUUGGCACGAAAGUAG